CCUCCCUCUCUCUCUCUCUCUCUCUAUAUAUAUAUACACAUAUUACAUAUAUAUAUAUAUAAAUGAACAAUUGCAGUUAUCGUGAAAAAAUACAAUCGUCAAUUUCGCCAUGGGAAUUCAAGGAGGAAUGAACGUGCACCACCACCACCACUUAGCGCGUGGAUUUUGGGAGCGCGACGCGCCGCCGACUUCCCUCACUCUCGGCUGCAAGCGCCUCCGUCCCCUCGCCCCUAAGCUCUCUGCCGCCGCCUGCGGCAGCGGCGGGGACUCUUUCGACCUAAAAAGCUUCAACAUCAAACCCUCCGAUUCGCAACCGCCGGCGACGCGACAGGUUGAAGCCCGACCUCCGUCGCCGGCGCCGGCGCCGGCGCCGACUACGCGGUGGAAUCCGACGCCGGAGCAGAUCGGAAUCCUGGAAAUGCUCUACCGUAACGGCAUGCGCACUCCCAACGCUCAACAGAUCGAAGACAUAACCGCUAAUCUCGCCUUGUACGGACGGAUCGAAGGCAAAAACGUGUUUUACUGGUUCCAAAAUCAUAAAGCGCGUGAGCGCCAAAAGCAAAAGCGCUACUCUCUUAUUAAUAAUAAUAAUAAUAAUAAUAAUAAUAAUAUUAAUAUUAACCCCUACCUCCGCACUUCCUACUCCGCCGUCGCCGCCGCCGCGGCGGUCGCUUCUCCGGCGACGGUUACCGAUUCUGUAACUCCUACUUGCAGCCUGUCUCUCUCGACCAACGCUGAGAUUGAUAACGAAGUGGAGGAUGGGGAGGAGAGUGCGUACCAGAGGCGGUGCAAGAAGAUUUGCAGAGAGGAUGAGGAUCCGACAUUGGAGCUGUUUCCAUUGCAUCCAGAAGGAAGACGUUGAAGUCGAAUUUUCGAGAAGGAGGGGCAGUGCUUAAUUAGGAUUAAUUUAUGGAUUAAAUAAAUAAUUAAUUGUUCCUUAAUCUGGAUUAUCAAUUUAUCAUAUUGCUAGUAGUACUAUUUUCUAAUGGAAGU